AUGCUGUGUGGCGACGUCGAUGAUGAGACACUCCAUCUCGUCCUCCAGGUACAACUCGAGGACCUGGAGAGUGUUAAAAGAAGUAGCAAGGGAAAAAAUAGACAAGACAAAAUUUCCGACGCAGAACUCGCCGCUGAGGCUUACGAGUCGGAGCUCAAAUCUCACAUCCUCCUCGUCUCGGAUAGAUGCAUGUGUAAAAGCAUGGCAAAGGCCAAUCAGCUCGACGGGCGUCUUGUCUCCAUCCUCGUAAAUCAGGAGAAGCAAGCCGCACAGGAUAGAGAAGUUGCCCUUCGUCUCAGCCGCGGCGGGCAGCUUAAUGAAGAUUCCUCUACUGAUUCUACACAGGGGGAACCUUCUACGGAUGUAGAUGAAGAAUUAUUGAGCAAACUCAGAUCCCUCUUUGUAUCUACGGAUGGCUAUGAUGAUGUGUUAGACCAGGCCGAGUCAUCGACAUGGGCGGCAUCCAGAGGGCAAACGACGGACGCAGCCAAAUCAGUGAAACGGGAGAAGAGGCAAUGUAACAGUUGCCUCAGCAAUUGCAUUGCUACCGACCUAGCACGCUGUCCAUGUAGCCACGAGUACUGUCGAGACUGCCUACAGACGCUCUUUGAAACAUCACUUACGGAUGAGUCGCUAUACCCUCCAAGAUGCUGCGGACGCCCCAUUCCUGUGAACGAUAAUCGGCAGUUUCUUUCCUCAAAGUUAGUUGGGGAAUUUCAAGCCAAAGCGGAGGAACUCUCGACGCCCAACCGGACGUACUGCCAUAGGCCAACGUGCUCGACAUUCAUACCGAAAGAGUUCAUCAAAGCCGAUACUGCAGUUUGUCAACGAUGCAGGCAUAGGACCUGUGUCAUGUGUAAGGGCGCUGAGCACAAGGACCAAGACUGUGCUCAGGACACCUUGACUCAGGAUCUGCUCCGGAUUGCCGCCGCAAACGGCUGGCAGCGAUGCUUCUCUUGCCGAACAAUCGUGGAGUUGGAGCAUGGGUGUAACCACAUGACCUGCCGCUGCGGAGCGCAGUUCUGCUACGUAUGUGGCAAUCGAUGGAAGUCUUGCGACUGCGCUCAGUGGAACGAGGAGCGGCUUUAUGCUCGUGCUAAUGCCAUUGUGAAUCGCAACGCCAACGCUCACUUCAAUAAUCCCGAAGUAAGGGCUCGACAAGUAGAAAGAGAAGCGCACAACCUAGUCAUAAACCACCAGUGCAGGCACGAUACAUGGAGAAGCCGUGGUGGCGCUCACCGAUGUGAGGAGUGCCAUGAUUCAUUACCACUGUAUAUCUACGAAUGCGCUCGAUGCCGUAUUCGUGCUUGCCGAAGAUGUCGGUUCAACCGACUUUGA